CUCCUCCUAGAGCGGCCGCCUUUUCCCGCGCGAGCUACCUCUGUUGCUUUGGCCACCAGCGGGGAAACAUGGCGUCUGCUCUGGAGCAGUUCGUGAACAGUGUCCGACAGCUCUCAGCUCAAGGUGAGGCCUGGGCCGUAGGGCUGGGCCGGUAUGCCCUGGCGCCGGUGCGGAUGUUGGGACCGCCCUUAGCUCUACCUUCUCCUGGACCUGCUCAGGCCUUGGUACUUAGGGUAGGAGCGCACGGUCGUGAGCAGCACUCCUCGUGCUGUCUGGCGCCGUAGUCCCUGCCUUCGUCUUCCCCAGUCUCGGGCCGUGGAGACUUUCCUUCCCCUCCCCCUUUCCCCACCCCCCGCCCCCAUUCGGGCCCCAGCCACCGCUUGACAGUUUGGGGGCGUGACUUCCGCUAGGGACAUUCCGGAGCGUCCAUUGGUCCCUUGGCCGUCACUGGUUUUCGGUGAUUGGUCUAGAGUCCUAUCUGUCCUGGCGGUCUAGCCACCCCCUGACCAGGCCUCUUCAGUGGCUGGAGGGGAAUCUUUUCUAGGCUCCUUGGCUCUAAGGCUUGAGUCUUGGCUGGCCAGCAGCGCACGCUCGGAAUCCUCCACCCCUAUUUUGGUCGUACCGAGCUCCAAGGGAGCUUUCAGUAGUCGGACUCCAUUUCUAGGCCGUACAGUUGUUGCUUUAUUCCCCCCGUUAAUUCACAUACCAUCUGGUUCAUUCAUCUCCUCACUUGGCCAUACAUAAUCUUGAGCCAGGAGAAUGUAAUCUCUCCUUAACAGAGUUAAAGGAAUUGAGUGCAGAAAGCAUGUAAAAAUGCUUUCGACGUCUGGAAAUUCCUUGAAAUUCAUGUCUCCAUUUUCUUUUUAAAGGUUUAUUUAUUUUAUGUGUAGCUGUUUUUUCAGACAGAUCAGAAGAGGGUAUCAGAUCCCAUUACAGAUGGUUGUGAGCCACCAUGUGGUUGCUGGGAUUUGAACUCAGGACCUCUGGAAGAGCAGUCAGUGCUCUUAACCACUGAGCCAUCUCUCCAGCCCUCAUGUCUCCAUUUGUAUGAGGUGUGUCCGGGCAGUUGUCCACCUAACUUUUGUAAGGUUUAAGUGGCGAAAUAAUAAUUCUCAUUUUCCUUGUUAGCGACAGACUUAAGCUCACAGGCCAGGUACAUACCUGUGAGUGUUUUUUUUUUUCCCCCUCACAUAAAUCACUCAUCCAUACCAUACAAGUAGGAUUAGUUAAGAAAGAGUGAACAUAGGAGUGCACUCCUUUAAUUCUGUAACUCAGGAGGCAGAGGCAGGUGGAUAUCAAGGCCAGCCAGCACUACACAAUGAGAUUCUUACUGCUAAAUAAGGUAAUUAAGUGGGACUGGAGAACAGCUCUCAGCAUAGACUGCUUUACAGAGGACCUGAGUUCAGUUCCUAGCAUUGUUAGCGGACACCCAACCACUUGUAACACCAGCUACAAGGGAUCCAAAACCCUUUUCAGUGUCCUUGGGCACCUUCACUUACGUGCACAUACUCACAUACAGAUGCAGACACAAAAUAAAAAUGAGAAUUAAGUAAUACAAACAAAUGGGUUGCUGUUCAGCUGGGAAGAAAAGUGCAUCUACUUUUUGUGAACUGAAAAGGAAUCUGAAUCAUCCUUAAAUAGCAAAGAGAUGCUUCAUAGUGUACACAACACAGUGUCACCACCUGUGUGAAUAAAGAGACCGCAUGCGUGCAUGGGUGAGUGUCCCUAUACGGGUGGGCUGUGGCAUUCGUUGGUAACACUGGGUUGCUUCUGAGAAAAGAGGCUAGCUGGAGUAUAGGAUCUGGAUGGGAGAGGUUUCUGCUUAGUUUUAUAGACAUACUGUCUGGAAUCAAGCACUCACAUUUUUGGAGCUAGGGUCUAACUAUGUAAUCCUGGCUGGCUUGGAAUUUACAGAGACCCACCUGCCUUUGCCUCCUAGCCACGCUAGAACUUUUUUUUUUUUUUUUAACAGUUUGGAGAUUAAUCCGAGGAGUGUUGCUUAGCUGCUCAGUAGAUCCUUACACAUGUAUUUACUUUCAAUUACCUGCUCACUGCUGUCCCUUGUAGUGCAUUGAGGGCACAGAGGAGGGGUUAGUCAGUCGUGGGGGACGGAGUAUGGUGAGGGCAGAGAGAAGGCCUAAGCUAACGAGUGAAGGGAGGUGAGUCAGUGUGAAGACUGUAGAAGCACAGAAGGAGAGCGUGAAAUCUUGGUUUUCUCAGCUUGGUGUCACUGAAGAGUGCGGCUGUGGGAAAAUGGUAAAAGGCAUGGCUAGAAAAAUAGAAACCAGCUAUUAAGUUGGCCGUGAAAAAUGAGCUGGAGUGUUUGGAUUUCUUAAAGCUUUUGGUGUAAUUUGACUGAGUGUGAGUGAUAUGAAAUAGAAUUUGGAAUAAAGGAAUUUGGAAUAGACGGUACACCAAGCAGGCCACACAAGAAGUGAUAACGUCCAUGUUAAGACAUGGGAGGGAAAGGAGUGGAGCUGAGGAACUUAGGCAUAACUCAAGUCCUGCUUGGUUUUGAGAAGGACGGUGAUAGUGAUGUGCAGACUUCUGGCUUUAGAAACUGCAGGUGCUUUCUGGAGACCAAGGGGAUUGGGAGGUCUAGUGUUUCCUCUGACUAGUUUUGAGGCAGUUCCCAUCCUAGUCUUAGAGGAGGACAUAACAAAUCAUCCAAGCGUUUGAGAAGGAAGUCUGGUUAGAGCGCUUUAGUCUGGUGAGCAUCCUAACUUAACGUGAGUGUUGUGUUUUGCAGGGCAGAUGACUCAGCUUUGUGAACUCAUCAACAAGAGUGGAGAACUCCUUGCGAAGAACUUGUCCCACUUGGACACUGUGCUUGGGGCUUUAGAUGUUCAAGAACACUCAUUGGGUGUCCUUGCCGUUCUGUUUGUGAAGUUUUCCAUGCCCAGUGUUCCUGACUUCGAGACACUGUUCUCACAGGUGCAGCUUUUCAUUAGUACUUGUAACGGCGAGCACAUUCGAUACGCAACAGAUACGUUCGCUGGGCUUUGCCAUCAGCUAACAAACGCACUCGUGGAGAGAAAACAGCCCCUUCGAGGAAUUGGCAUCCUUAAGCAAGCCAUAGACAAGAUGCAGAUGAAUACAAACCAGCUGACCUCAGUACACGCCGAUCUCUGCCAGCUCUGUUUACUAGCGAAGUGCUUUAAACCUGCCCUGCCAUAUCUUGAUGUGGAUAUGAUGGAUAUCUGUAAAGAGAAUGGAGCCUAUGAUGCAAAACACUUUCUGUGCUACUACUAUUAUGGAGGGAUGAUCUAUACGGGGCUGAAGAACUUUGAAAGAGCACUGUAUUUUUAUGAGCAGGCCAUAACUACCCCAGCCAUGGCCGUCAGCCAUAUCAUGUUGGAGUCAUAUAAAAAGUAUAUUUUAGUGUCUUUGAUAUUACUUGGGAAAGUACAACAGCUGCCUAAAUACACCUCUCAAAUUGUGGGCAGAUUUAUUAAGCCUCUCAGCAACGCUUACCACGAGUUAGCACAAGUUUAUUCAACCAACAACCCGUCCGAGCUCCGGAACCUGGUGAACAAGCACAGUGAGACCUUCACUCGAGAUAACAACAUGGGCCUGGUGAAGCAGUGCCUGUCGUCUCUUUAUAAGAAGAACAUUCAGAGGCUGACAAAGACCUUUUUAACACUUUCAUUACAAGAUAUGGCAAGUCGCGUGCAGUUAUCUGGACCUCAGGAGGCAGAAAAGUAUGUUCUACACAUGAUAGAAGAUGGAGAAAUUUUUGCAAGUAUUAACCAGAAGGAUGGUAUGGUCAGUUUCCAUGAUAAUCCUGAAAAGUAUAACAACCCAGCCAUGCUUCAUAACAUUGAUCAAGAGAUGCUAAAAUGCAUAGAGCUGGAUGAGCGACUGAAGGCCAUGGACCAGGAGAUCACAGUGAACCCCCAGUUUGUUCAAAAGAGCAUGGGCUCACAAGAAGAUGACUCAGGAAACAAGCCCUCCAGCUACUCUUGAAACUAACUCCCAUCCUGAGGUAACAGCCUUGCCCUGGCAAGUGUGAAGAGGGAGGGCAGCAGGAAGUACCAUGCUGGUCCACGCCGGUUCCUCCUGGACAUUCAGAAAUUCAGUUUUAACAUCUUCAGUUAUAUUGCUUUCAGAAAACCAUUCUCUGCAAAGAAAGAAAAAAAAAUCUACUUUAGAGUCUGUUGUGGAUUUAUUUAUCCUCAGAUUAUUGUUAUUAUUGCAUUAAAGUUACCUUUUUGUUUUAA